AUGAAAGAGACAUCAAGAAAACCUACUAGAAGCACUCAUUCACGUGUCAUUCAAACAUCUUCAAAUCUAUCCGAGGUUGAUGAGAUUGUCACCGACAACCAGAAAACGAAUGGGGGAAAUAAUAUGAGAGAUGAAAAUAUUUGUGGGGAUAUUGUAAUGAAUAAAACUCACAAGACUGAGAGCAACUCAAAUAAUGAUGGUAAUACUAGUAAUCAAAACAUUCCGACUCCAAAUAUUCCCACUAAGGAAAGAAAUACUUCCUUCCAGUCAACCAACAGUAAAAAAAAGAAGAAUAAUUUAAUUUCAUUUGAAAAAUUUAAAUUAAACAAAAUAUGGACGUCGACCAGUUCGAGCAAUGAUGGAGACAGAGACUUCUACGUGAUUGAGGCAGAACUGAUGAAGUCUAUAGACGAGAUUUCUAUCAUUGGUAUAAGAUAUUCGAUGGAUAAGAAUCGAUCUCUAACAAAUCGCAUCAUGUGGGCUGUCCUCAUCUUCCUUGCGUUCGGUCUGGCGAUUUACCAGAUAAAAAAUCUCGUUGAGAACUAUCUGAAGUAUCCGACAUCGACUGAAAUUGACGUUGUCUACUCUCAACAAAUAAACUUCCCUCAAGUUACAAUUUGUGACAAUAAUUACGUUAAAAAAUCGGCAGCUGAAUAUUUUGGUUGGGUAGAUUACUUGCAACCGUUGACACCUUCUGCGAAAAUAUAUCUUGACAGGAAAAAUUAUACAAAGUAUCGUCAAGCAAAGCCUGCCAACAACACUGAAAUUGUCAAAAAAAGAAAAUUGUUGUCACCUGGAACUGAACAGAUUGUAGAUAUGUUUUGGAGUAUCAAAGGUUUGCCAACAGAAAGCAUGGAAACAACCUUUACAGAUUUUGGGCAGUGUCUCGUUUUCAACUCAAAAAACUAUAAACGGCUUCUGAAUGGACCCGGCCCAGCAAUGGGAUUUCAAAUUCUUCUGUUCGCCAACCACUCGGAGAGUUUUAUUCGAAAAGAUUAUCCAUAUGGAUACAGAGUCUUGAUAAAUGACCAAGACGAACCAAUUCGAAUGAAGGAACAUGGCUUCAAAAUUAACCUCGGUGAAGAAACUGAUGUUGCUGUAUCCGCCAUUAAUAUAUCAAGAAUGAAAUAUCCACAUGGAAACUGCAAUGAUGAGUUGAACUACCAUCAAGUGAAAUGUGAGCGGACCUGCCUCACUCGUGUAAUCAUCGACAACUGCAACUGCAGACCCAUCUACAUGCAAGAAAUUGGCAACGAAUCGAUAUGCGAUUACAUUGAAGAGAUUUGUGUUGAUGAAGUCACGUACCUCUACUACACUCGGAAAUUUAAUGUUUCUUGCUCAUGUCCUCCCAUGUGCAACGAGAUCAACUACAAAAUGUUUGUGACUGGAGCCAAACUUGGUGACAUUACCGGAUUUGUCCUGAAGAACAAAUAUAAGCAGUUAAAUAGUGGCAAUUAUUCGAUUUGGAAUGAAUGCAUGUUUCUGAAAGUGUACUUCAGCAGCAUGCAGUACACAACGAUAACAUCAAAGGCGGAAUACUCCGAGAUGGCACUGUUGAGUGACUUGGGAGGAGCACUGGGACUUCUUCUGGGAUCAACUUUUUUUACCGUCGUCGAACUUUUUGAAGUUUUGUGGAAUCUGGUUAUCUACGCAUUUGUCAAGCGGCAGAAAACAAAUAUUGGUUAA